GUUUCGUAUGAUACAUAUGAUACGUAUCAUGCGUAUGAUAUAUAUGAUACGUAUUGUAUAGUAUAACCCUUCCUCUAAGGUGCGUGCUUUUGGGGGCUUGUCAUUAGGGGUACUGUAGUGUACCUGUAGCAGUAGCUGGUCGGUAUUGGAAGUUGUACCACACCGUCAACAGAGAACUUUGCAUGUGCCCACAUUAUUGUCAUUUUUGGGGGUACGUGGUGGCAAAUCUGACGGUCCGCUUCAACCCUUACGCGGCCAUGCAACAGCCCAACGGAGAACGGCAUCCUAACGAAUAUGGAGGCGUCGAUGGGUUCAACCAGCUUUGCAUUGACUCAGAGGCAGCAGUGCUUCAAGAGUUCGCUUUUGCGAUCGCAACCACACCAACACCAGCUCACUUCAGCACUGCAGGAUUCGUGUGAAACAACGUAAAGACCUUUGCAUCUCCGUCUUAUAUUUUGAUUUGACUUAAGGCAUUACCUUUCUGCAAUGGCAUUAGCAAACAGUUGUGUUUCUCCUGGUAGCCUGAGCUCCAGUAGCGACGUUGAAGUUGUAGACGGCAUGAGUAGUAGUACCAAGCUGCAGCCUAGGAGCGGAGGAGGGUUCCUCAAGAGUGCCUUUCCACUGAAAGAUGAUCAAGAUGAUAAGCUCCAACCCAAAGAUGAUAAUGAAAAGUCGUUCAGUGUAGGACUGAGUCUUGACGACGAGGAAGAUGAAGAGGACAGGAGCAUUCAUACCAUCUCUACUGCUAGCCCCAGUGCAAGCGGUAGCACUCUGGUGUGCAACUCUUGCAUGGACGAGAGUGCCUCGAGUGCUUACAGUGAUGCUGAUAGCGUGGCGUCGUCUUGUUUGCAAGAUUCCUCUGCGAACAGUAACAACAAGCCUGCACGGAGCCCUCGUCGAAAGCGAAGAAUGCGUCUCUCCAAGUCCCUUACGGCGUUGUCGUCCUCAUUGACGUCGUCCUCCAAGUCUCCACACCAACAUGUACUCCUGAUGACAGCGCCAGCGGUAUACCCCACCAUGGUCGCAACCAAGUCGGCUCUGCGCAAGUCCUCGUCCUACGGAUGCCUGCAACCUUGUUGCCAAGUCAUUCCCAUCGCCACCAAGUCCAAAGCCUGGAAACAGCUACCAGCCCCUCGCCACGUUCCCAAAUUCGACCGUGAAGUGCACGAAGAACUCUUGCAGCAACAUCACCCAACCAACCAAGUGGAACAAGAGCCCUUUUCCUCAUUAUUUGCGGCCCGCAGCGUCCGGGCGUCCAUGGUCAAACACUUGAAACGAGUCUCCUUCUCCGAUGUCAAUAUCCGAGAACACGCACUCACAUUGGGAGAUAAUCCCAGUUGUCAUUUGGGGGCACCCGUCUCGUUGGAUUGGUCGUACAACCAACAUUCUGCCAUGUCGGUCGACUAUUACGAAUAUCAACGGAACCGACGAGCGUAUCGGGACUUGCGACUCCCACCCGUUCAUCGACAGGAACUCUUGCUUCAGUUUGACAUUUCACCCGAAGAAAUGCGUCGUGCCAAUGUCGAAAAGGAAAAGGUACAACGACAGCGAGAAAUCACACGCAGUUUCCUCGUCCCCACCGCCAUGGAACUCGUCGUCGAGUCGGCGAUUCGAAAGAUGAAGCGGUCCUUGUCCGUACGAUAAACAUCAAGUACUAGUAUACAGUCGUGCAGUACAUACCAAAGCAAACUCAUUGUACAUACCAAACUGAUCAUAGAAACAUCAAAAGCUUAUAUUAAAGAAUAGAAUUUGUAUAUACUACCACAAC